AUAAAUUACAUUUUCUCACGUAUGGGCCGCCGUUCACUGGGCGCUCAGCUUGGCCUUCCCGAGGCCCAGCCCAUCUCACCUCCACAUACGCUCCCUCCCCCUUAAAGGCUUAAACCCCAGAGAAACCCUAGCGAGUGGACACUGCAAACAACUACACUAUUCUGCACCGGCAAACAACUGCACUCAGCAGGCAGGCUGCAACCAUGUCGGAGUUGAAGCUAUCUCGCUCGGAGAAGAAAAAGAUGAAGAUCAAAACGAAAGAGCAAGAAGAUUCGAAACCUCUCCCGCUGGUUGAAUUGAAUCCGAAACAAGAGGACUACCUAAUCAAGCCUCAGAGCUUCACCCCUGCCUUAGACACCUCUCAGUGGCCGAUCCUCCUCAAGAACUACGACCGCCUCAAUGUACGAACCGGACACUACACUCCUCUCCCUAACGGUUACUCCCCACUCAAGCGACCUCUUGCCGAGUACAUCAGGUAUGGUAUCCUGAAUCUAGAUAAGCCCGCAAAUCCAUCUUCGCAUGAGGUCGUUGCUUGGAUUAAACGGAUUCUUAGGGUGGAGAAAACCGGUCACAGUGGGACUCUUGAUCCCAAAGUGACCGGAAAUCUGAUAGUGUGCAUUGAUCGAGCCACCCGUCUCGUGAAGUCGCAGCAGGGUGCGGGCAAAGAGUAUGUCUGUAUUGCCCGGCUCCAUUCGGCAGUGCCUGACACUGCCAAGGUGGGUCGGGCGCUUGAAAUGCUGACUGGAGCUGUCUUCCAGCGCCCACCUUUGAUUUCUGCUGUGAAAAGGCAGCUUAGAAUUCGAACUAUUUAUGAAAGUAAGCUUCUUGAGUAUGACCCAGAUAGGCAUUUGGUUGUUUUCUGGAUUUCUUGCGAGGCGGGUACCUAUGUGAGGACCAUGUGUGUGCAUUUGGGUUUGAUUCUUGGUGUUGGAGGGCAUAUGCAGGAACUUCGGCGAGUGCGGUCUGGAAUUUUGGGUGAGAAAGAUAACAUGGUUACUAUGCAUGAUGUGAUGGAUGCUCAGUGGGUUUAUGACAAUUACAGGGACGAGACUUACUUGAGAAGGGUAGUAAUGCCACUUGAAGUGGUCUUGACGAGUUACAAGCGAUUGGUUGUUAAGGACUCAGCUGUGAAUGCAAUUUGUUAUGGUGCAAAAUUGAUGAUUCCAGGUUUGUUGAGGUUUGAGAAUGAUAUAGAGAAUGGGGAGGAAGUUGUGCUCAUGACUACCAAAGGAGAAGCAAUUGCAUUGGGAAUUGCAGAGAUGACAACAGCAGUAAUGGCAACCUGUGAUCAUGGUGUAGUGGCGAGGAUUAAGAGGGUAGUGAUGGAUCGGGAUACUUACCCGAGGAAAUGGGGAUUGGGACCAAGGGCAGCAAUGAAGAAGAGAUUGAUUUCAGAGGGAAAAUUAGAUAAACAUGGGAAGGCAAAUGAGAAAACUCCUCAAGAAUGGCUGAGGAAUGUCGUUCUUCCUACAGGUGGAGAUUCUAUGGUUGCCAGCCUUGCGGCUGCGGCUGAACCUCAGUCAGUUAAUGCAGACGCAGGUGUGGUGGAGGCAGAGAAGAAAAAAGACAAGAAAAAGAAGAAAAGUAUGGAUGGAGAGGAUGGGGAGGGUCGUAAACGAAAAUUGGGUGAGAACACUGCUGAUAGCCCUGUUCAAGCACCUGCUAAGAAAGUAAGAGUUGAUGAUGCUGGAGAGGCUGUUGAAUCAGAGGAGGGAGUAGAAGUUGAGAAAAAAGAAAAGAAGAAAAAAAAGAAGAAAGAGAAAGAAAAUGGCACUACAACAUUAUCUAAUGAGGAUGCUGCUCAGGAAAUUAAGGGCGGUGAAAAAGGUGAAACUGGUUCACCUGAGAAGGAGAAGGUUGAGAAGAAGAAAAAAAAGAAAAAAAGUAAAGAAGCUGAAGAUGGUGGUUCCGCCAGAUUGCCUGCUGACAUUGGUUUAGGUGACAGUGAAGCUGAUGCAAGUGAGAAGAAGAAGAAGAAAAAGAAAAAGAAUAAAGAUGCAGAGGAAACUGAAUAGAAGAGUGCAUGAAAAUGAUUUGAGAAGAACUCUUCAAUGUAUUUGUCUAGGAAGUAAUAGCUUUCUUUGUUUUCCUAGGACAAUUUUCUGUUAUUCCUCAAUGUUUUUGCCUUGCGGAACUAAUUUAUGGUGCUUAGCUGGGGGGGCAAACCACUGUGUGGUUUAUAAAGAAGCCUCAUUAUAUUUCUCCUUGAACAAGUUUGCUAUGCCUUUUUUGAGCUGUUUCUGUAUCUUUCAAUGUUUCUCUUUGGUCUUUUUCUAAAUUAUUAUAAUCCUUAAAUA